AUGGACCGCCAGUUAAAAGAGUUAGAACAGUUAGGUGAGGUUCAAGAAGAUGCCCAUGGGAAGCUGGACUAUGCAAAUGAAGAUGCAUCUUUUGUUGCAUUGGCACCAUCCGACAACAACGCAGCUGCUUCUUUAUCAUUAUCACUGGUGGUUGGUGAUAAUACAACCAAGUCAAAAGCUCUCUCAGCUGAUGCUCCAGAAUUCUAUCCAAAGAACUUUAUAUUAGAACUGCCUGUUGGGUUAGACCCACUAACUCUGAACGACGACGACAGACAUCAAAACAGUCCUCAUAGCACAUUGGCCGGCAUGACUUUGGAGCAGUUGAAACAGAAUGAGCUUAUCCUUCGAGAUUUAAGACAGGGCAUACAGAUGUUCACCAACGAUCCUGGAAAUUUUGAACAAUUCAUGCCAUUCCUGGCCAGGAAGUUGGCAGCUUUGAUAUCAGCAGGCGACCAUUCAUUUAUGUCUGUCAUUGAGGAGAUAUUUACUCAAUCAAUUGAGGAGGUGAAUUUUAGGUACACAGGCGCCAGAAUGUGUAACUAUCUCUCUCAUAGUGAGGAAAGAGCUUUUGAUGAUUUCCAGCGACUUUUUUUAGCCAGAUGUGAGCAGGAGUAUGAUGAAAUCCUCUCACCUCGACCUACUUCCUUAGCACAUAUCAUCGGCUACUCACUUUUUGUCGGAGAACUCUUGCUCAAUAUGAAGGACGUGUCGACAAACGAAGUCAUCCCCCAGUUCUCGAAUCAGAUUGGCAACUUGCUAAUGUACCUGCUGAAUGACCAUUCGAAGGAGGCUCUUAUGUGCUGUGUGCAGUUGCUUAAGCUGACAGGAGCAGUGCUAGAGGAGAGCCUGCCCAGCUUAAACGACAUCUUCAAUAAGAUGAACACCAUCGUCAACGAACAAUCCUUGCCUCAAAACCUGCUCUGUCUAAUGCAGUCAGUGAUGAAUCAGCGCCUAAACAACUGGGGACAGCAGCAGCAGCAACAGCAGUCGCAGCAUUCUACGGAGCCAUUCAUCGGGGCUGGAGCCGGAGAUAGUUUUGAUUCGCCGGUUGAUGAUGAGAAUCCUAUUAAUCUGACCGGCAACGAGCUGUACAAUGACAGCUCCUUCUCAUCAGAUGAAAGAGAGAUGGCCAGCCUAAUGGAGGAAUGCAACGAACGGGGUAGCAGCUUAGCUGACCAGUAUUGGAUAGGUGAUCAGAAGAUGGACAAUGAAACGGCGACGGCGUUCGAGCAGUUCAUGCAGGAAUCUGAGAUAGUUGCCAUGAACUUGCAGCAGCAGCCACAGCAGCUGCAACAACAACCAUAUCACUACCAGCACCAACACGACCAACAGCAUCGAGACAACUACAGCUACGACUACAACAACCACUGCAGUAGUAGUAGUAGUAGUAGUGGUAGAGGCGGCAACUUCGAAGCAAGCGCCUCGAGUGUUAGUGGGAGCAGUAGUAGUGGUGGUAACUUCAUCGACCGCACCAGCCUCAACAACAACAACGCAGACGUCAGUGCUGAUUAUUACCAUAACUAUUACAACAACAACGUAAACAACGUCGUUGCUUAUGAUUACAACAACAGCAGACUCAGCAGAAGCAAUCACUACAACGGUUACAACACUCGUUACAACAACAGUCGCGGUUAUGAUAAUGAUUACGAUGCUAGCGGUCAUCAUCAUCUUCAUCAACAUUACUACCAUUCGCAGCAGCAGCAACAGCAACAGCGUUAUCACUAUGGCAGCAGCAGCAACCACUACCACAACAACAACAACAAUUAUCAACGCUUCAACAACAACAACAGCAACGUCAACAGCAGCAGCGACAACAGCAACAGCAACAACAUCGAUGACAGUGGUUGUAGUCGUUUCGAUGGGCAGCAUUAUAACUGAUUGAUAGACAAUAAUUGAUUGGUUGUUGUUGUUAUUAUUAUUAUUAUUAUUGCUGUUGCUUUAUUAUUAUUGUUAUUAUUAUUAUUGUUGUUGUUGUUUUUACUAUAAAUAUGGCCAUUAUAUUUUACUGAAAGAAUUUAUUUAUACAUAUAUAGGCAUGACUCAUUUUCGGCACAUUCUAGACUUACUUUCAAUGGAAAGAUUGUUGAGAUGAAUAGUGAGUGCAUGAAUGAGUGAAUGAAUGAAUGAAUGAAUGAUUGAUUGAUUGAUUGAUUGAAUGAAUGAAUAAUCAGAUAAAUAGAUAUUGUUUAUUUAUUUAUGUAAUACUAUCUAAAUUAUUCAGGUCAUUCUAUAAUAUUAAGAGAUGUGUGCUUGCAUUAGUAUGUGUAUGUAUUUGUGUGUGUGUGUGUUUGUUUGUGUGUAUUUGUGUGUGUGUGUGUGUGUGUGCGCGUGUAUGUUUAUGUGUGUGUGUGUGUGGUGUGUGUGUGUUUUAUUUUCGUAUUCUCAUAUUAAUCUCAUUCCUUUUAAAUGGUUCUUCGUUUGUUAUAACAUUAACUUAUCCCAAAUAUAUAUAUAUAUAUAUAUAUAUAUAUAUAUAUAUAUAUAUAUAUAUAUAUAUAUGAGUGUGUGUGUGUUUAUGUAAGUGUGUGUGUGUGUGUGUGUGUAAGUGUGCGUGUGUAUGU